AUGUACCGAAAACAUUUUGGUGUUCCGUUGAAACCAGAGAAUUAUAAUUACCGAUCGUUGGUAACCUUGUUAAAAGCGAUGGAUUUUGUGGUCUCAAUGAGAGGUCGUGGUCUUCAGUGCACAGUGUGUCUAUGCGAGGACUUUAUAGGAAGAUUAUCAUACCGAGUCGCAUACAAUACAAAGGUGAAAUUUAAGCUUUCUUCACACGAAAACGAGCUGGAAAUGCUCAAAUAUUUGUUCAACCAUGAAUCCAUUUUCAGUGGAAAACUCCCAAGUUCAUCACUGGACAUCUUGUGUUUAGCCUUUCGACCUCAUCGUUCUUCAACGCCUAAAUCUGAAGAGUCUGCAAAGCCGAGUCGAGCAGAAUUAUUGUAUGAAAACAAUUCCGUUGGUGAUGUUUGCUGCAAUGAAGUGGUCAAUUCCAAAGAAUUAAUUUAUAACGGAAUGAUUCAGCCUUCAUCAUCCCGAUCGUUCGCAUAUCGACUUCCUUAUGCUCAUUAUUCUCUGACUACUUCCGGUCAAACCGGUUCUUUCACAAUGGCGUCAGGUUUGAGUUCAUCACAAUAUGGUUACUACCACUUCUCACCAGCCCCUCCGAAUAGAAUACGACAUUUUCCGAUUGCCUGCGGAAACUACGUCGACCAUGUGAAUCCGAGUUCUCAAACUGCAAUCCCUUUUCCACCUAAUCGAAUAAGGUAUGCAUAUAAUGGAAAGCAGCACGCACCAGAUUGUCAUCUACCUCCUUCUAGUGCAUUCAAUCCUACCACUAAUGGCUCUCAAACACACUAUCCUACUUUCACAAUCUUACCACCUAAUCAAACAUCAAGCAGAAAAUUUGUGGUACCUACUAGUGCACCGACGAUCCCAAACAUUCCAUAUGCAAAUGUAGUAUUUCCAUCACCUCAGUUUUAUCCUCUUGGUGUAGAUAUGACUUAUCCGGCUCCACUCAGUCAAGCGAAUCAUCACCAAACCAACCCUCAAUAUACCGGGCUAGAAUUCACUAAUCAACAGGUGGCUGGUACGAAUCCGAAUGUCAAUUCGAUUUAUCCAGCCAAACAGUCUGUCCAGUGUCGUUUCUGUCCGGAGAAAUCUUCGAACAUCGUAUCUUCUUUUCGUGCACCAGUCAAGUCGAUUUCCUUGUCUACUUCCCAACAGUGGUUAAAUGAGCUGGUUGAAAGACUGGCCUACGGUAAUUUACACAGUGGAGUGAAUUUAGUUAACAGUAGAUCUGACCGCCUACAUGAUGAAUUGAAAAGUACUAACAUGGUGAUGGCUGCACAGAACGCUGAAACUGCUCAUCCUUCAAAUGUUUAUCAUACAACGAAUAUGGUAGAUUGUACACAGUUUUUGUCAAACUACUUCACUCUAUCAACAUCUAACAACUCUUAUUCACGGAUAGAUCCUUUUACAAAUAAUGCAUUACAGUAUUCUUCAAUUCACAACCGAAAUAUUCUCACUAGUCAACCUGGAGUGGUUAAGCUUCCAACGAAUAACUCCUGUAUGUUUUAUAAUACAGAGUGCUCGAAUAUACCAUUUUAUCUUGGGGGCGAAGGGGGUUAUACCGGUUGUAACCAAACGGCCAGUUCUUCUUGCAGAUAUUUCACUGGAGAGUGUUCAAAAGGACAGAUAAGUGGUGUUGUGAAUUCUAAUGGUGGUGUCAAGCGGCCGAUUCCAAUGAGAACACGUUCUCAAGCUAGUCAGUUACUGUCUCAUAAUCAACAUAAGUAUAUGCAGAACUUGUUGCCUAAUAAAUUCACCGGAGAAACAAUGAUGACAUUAACAAGUAAUUCUUCAGCUGGAUUCCUAGACGGAAAGCAGUCUGCGAUUACGGAAGAUCCCUUUUUAUCUGAAAGUGACCAACUUCAUAGAGCAAGUUCUACUGUUCAUUGUUUCAAUCAACCUGUGGACUAUGUACAAAAUCACACAAAUCCCCUUGCUCAAAGGAAUUACUUUCAGAAUAAUAACGACACACAGCGAAUGAAGUUAUCACAACGGCUUUUAUCACAUACCACUGGUUUAGGAAGUGCGUUUCCACUUCAGUGA